CUUGUGUUAUUUGAAACGUUUGCGUGACUUGUGAAAUAUCUUUGUGAAUGUGUGAUUGUGUAUGGAGGGGCACAUAUUUGUAAUCUGAUGUGUUUCUUUUGGCAUUAUAUGAUUGAAAUCUCCGUUAAAAACACAGUUUAAAAAAGUGCCCCUAGGUCGUCGCAAGGUGGCGGCCUCCCGCUCCGACCGCAGCACAGAGCGUUGGAUUGUGGGUAUCUCCUGUUUCCCCAUUGGCCGUGACAGUCAGCUGUGUGCGGCAAAGUUUUGGCACAGUUAGGUUAUCAUAACUUGCGUUAUUACAUGAAGUACAGCAAUAAAUCUAAUAUCCGACGCGUGGUGUACGCCGGUUUAUUCACCGAGUGUUUGUUCUUGCAAUCAAACGGUUUUGGAAAUAUAAAAAGUUGACAAAACAACUAUCGUAAUGAGUUUGAACGAACACUCCCUACAGGCUCUGUCAUGGAGAAAACUUUAUUUGAGCCGGGCAAAAUUAAAAGCAACAAGUCGCACCUCGGCUCUUUUAUCGGGCUUCGCAAUGGUUGCCAUGGUGGAAGCACAACUGGAGCCAGAUCAUGCUUAUCCCCCAGGGUUGCUCAUAGCAUUUAGUGCCUGUACCACAGUUUUGGUUGCAGUACAUCUUUUUGCCCUCAUGAUCAGUACUUGUAUCCUUCCUAACCUUGAGGCCGUCAGCAACGUCCACAACCUGAAUUCUGUGAAUGAAUCUCCGCAUGAACGCAUGCAUCGCCACAUAGAGUUGGCAUGGGCAUUUUCCACAGUCAUUGGCACCCUUCUGUUUCUGACUGAGGUAGUGCUCUUGUGCUGGGUCAAAUUCUUACCUCUCAAACGCCCCAAUGCCAAGGAAAAUGACACCAUCAGUUCUGGCGAGGCGGCAGCCAUUGCAUCCACAGCCAUUAUGGUGCCAUUCGGACUUGUGUUCAUUAUAUUUGCUGUCCACUUCUAUCGCACGCUUGUCAGUCACAAAACUGACCGACAGAUCCGGGAACUGGAGCAAGUUAUUCGUCUCCAGAACCAGCUGGACCACCGGGCUGAGAAUGAUGACCUGCAGGCCUCGGUCCUUAUCCCCUGAGUAAACAGAUAGAGCUACAGACUCUACAGUGGUUUCAUUGUGACAUCUGAGCUGAUUUUUUUUUUCUUAAAAGGUAUGAAUUUUUCUCAAAUGCCUUUAGUUUAUUAUAAGUUUCAAUUUUUAUUUCUUUUGACUCCAUCCACUUUUGGAACCGCGUGCUCAUUGUCCUCCACAAUUUAUAUGUCAGAGAAAUGGUUUUCAUUUGACCCCUGUCAAGAUAAAUCAACUUGCGUUCAACCUGGGCAGUUGCUCAAAUUACAACCCCAUGAUUUUCUCACCUUACAAGCACUUGUGGACAGUGUUAUAGAAAUUUGAAUUGUCAGGGUUCACUGUAGUGGUAUAUGGGAGUUACUAAAUCUUUAUCAGUACACAACAUGGAUGCACGAUUUAACAGCUUUACUUGACAGCUUCAAUUGCAAACUGAAUUUAAAUUUUAGAAUACUAGGAUAUACGAUGUCAGCAGUUAAUUCUUGUUUUUUGGCACCAUUUGAGUGUUUGAAGCAGAUAGCGAUAUGUCUUAACACUGUAGAUAAAUUACUUAUGGUUACUAACGCAUUUGAUCAAAGUGUUAUGUUGUUGACUGCCAUGGUAGGGUGGUUUCCUCACCCAUCUCCAUUCAUAGGUCCAAAGCCUUACCUAAAUGGGAUUCACAUUGGAUCAAAACAUAAGUGAGUCAUAGGGGUGUCCGGGUGGCGUGGCGGUCUAUUCCGUUGCCUACCAAAACAGGGAUUGCCAGUUCGAAUCCCUGUGUUACCUCCAGCUUGGUCGGGCGUCCCUACAGACACAAUUGGCCGUGUCUGUGGGUGGGAAGCUGGAUGUGGGUAUGUGUCCUGGUCGCUGCACUAGCAUCUCCUCUGGUCGAUCGGGGCGCCUGUUUGGGGGGGGAAUUAGGGGGAAUAGUGUGGUCUUCCCAAGUGCUACGUCCCCCUGGUGAAACUCCUCACUGUCAGGUGAAAAGAAGCGGCUGGCGACUCCACAUGUAUCGGAGGAAGCAUGUGGUCAUCUGCAGCCCUCCCCAGAUCGGCUAAGGGGUGGAGCAGUGACCAGGACAGCUUGGAAGAGUGGGGUAAUUGGCCGGAUACAAUUGGGGAGAAAAAAAGGGGGAAUCCCCCCAAAAAACAAAACAAAACAUAAGUGAUUCAAAGUUACUCGUUCUUAGUGUAAUGUGCCUGGCCCCACACCAAACCUUGAUGUGUGUAUAAUAAAUUACAUCAUUGGAGCUUAUUCAAAGCAGUCCCACGUUGGGGAUUGUACAAAUUGAGUCAUGGACAGGUGAAGUAAGUGUGAGAUGACAGUACACACAGUCUGUGUGUCCAUCGUACUAAAUGUUAUCUCUAUUCUGAAAACUUAUUGGCCCCUGUAGAGCUUUAGUUUAUCUGCUGCACCCAAGUCUAAUCCCACUUGUUACUGAGAUUUGAAAUCGUUGAUUUGAAAUUGUAAUAUGUUUUAUUUUAGCUGUAUUACCAUCUAUGGAAAUGCUGAGCCCUUAAAUUGUGCUGCAUGUUUGCAUCUAUAGUCACACAAUCACAUAUUCUCUCUUCUUACUGAUGCAGAAUGUUGACAUUAUUUAAAUUCAUAUAGCUGUUUUACAUUUACAGUUACAUAUAAUUUUAUUUUUUGGUGUCUUGUUACAUGUUAUAUGAAAGGCACUGACCAUGCCCAUUAUCAAUGGGCAAAGUGAAAUACGUUUGUGCACCUAAGAGGUGGUGUGAAAACAUUCACCAAAAUGGUAAGCAGCGGUUGAUUUAAGAAGCAGACUGUCGGUAAGGAUCCAUGUACAAAGACAGCUCUUAUUUUCAAGGUGCACAGCGUACUGGUGUCACCUUUUGAAGGAUGUACUUUGAGGUGUGCAGUUAACACAUUUACUAUUUGCAUGGCCUCCAUUUCUGAGGAACUUUAACAGACUUGGGAUAAUAUGAGUUUUGUCCUCAAGACAAUACAAUUGCAGAAAGGCUUUAGGCAAAAUUCCUGUUUUAGCUCAUUGGGAGUUGGGUUUCCUAGCAGGGCAGAGAUAAGGUCAGGAAAUGACGUGAAUAUGUGCAUGUUAAUGGUCAGCAGGUUCUCCUCUCUACUUUCUGAGGCAACAAAAUGCAUCUCGAAUCUAAUAUCAUUAGUGCAUGUUUUUGUUCGAUGUCUUUAUGGCUGUAUUUGACGUGCUUUGUUAACUGAGCUACUAAGGGACACACUCAGAGGAUGAUUUAGAGACGAGUACUCUUUUUUUUUGUACAGGUGCUCUCAUGCACUCAGUCUAAUAGAAAAUGUUUGGAGGUAUUUGCUUAUACAUGCAUCGUGAGAAAAUACCAUUUCCCGUACAUCUGAUGAAAUGCGUAUCGGCAUUACCUGUAAGAAACCAUAUUCCAAAGCAUGUAUUUUUUCAUUUCUUAAAAGUGGUUGCUACUUUUUUACUUUAUGUAGUUUACACAGUUGAGCAUGUUUGUGCACCAUGUUUGUGAGAAAUGUUGAAAACAUUGAAUAUUUGUUUUGUCUUUGUCCUUUGGCACAUAGGGGAAGUUCUUGACUGCAGGGGGAAGUUUAAGUGUAUCAUUUUCUCUCCAGGGCCGUAGUGUACGAGAGGCGUUACAGCCCCUCAACACUCCAGGUGUAAAUGUAUGUCAGCUUACAAGAUGCCGCUUUUUGGAGACAUGCAAAGGGGGUAAAAGAGAUAUGUUAGUGACUCAAACAGGUAAAAUAAUUGUCUGCUCAAAGCAGCUCAUGGCAGUCUAGUUGUUUAUGUCAAAGAAUUAUUUGUUUUAUUCUAAUUGAAAUCAAAUUGUUUGGAGUCACUGCAUCGUUUCUUGUUGAAAUGUGCAACACUCGUUGCUAAUGUUUUUAAGGAUUUUUUUACAUGUGCCUGUUUUUUGUUUUUUGUUUUUUGAAAAGCAAUCAAGGGAAAUGCUUGACAGUAUUCCUUUGGUUUAUUUUUCAUGUGUGUGUUUUAUUUAUUUUAGCUUAUAUAGUUUUUAUUCUGAGGUUUUCAUGCUUUACGUAGGCCCAAAGUGUUUAAACGUUUGACGGCGUUGCAGUUUGCGUAUCUGUGAUGUGUUGCACUGGUGAAAAAAGUUGAAAUUUUUAUGAUCUGUAAAGACUCGGCAGAAUUUAUAUUGCCAAUUUGGUGAAUAAAAAUAUCUAUGG